UGAGUCCAUUGUGACCUGUCUGGGGCCAUGUGUUCAAGCACGAAGCCCUCUCCGGAAGCUUAGGAGUGUCAACAUGAGAUCAAGGUCAGCAGGUUAGUUAGGAGAUUAGGGUCAAAGUAGCAAAAGUGGACCUGGGAGGACAAACAAGCCCAAGAAGUUGGUAGAGACCACGCCCAGACCUUGCCUGCUCCAACCUUUCCUUGGCUCCGCCCGUUUCCCUAAGACUAGCGCCCCCCAGCCUGAAGUGCUAUCCCCCGGACUUCCCGCUCCGCUCGCCCCUCCUCAGUCCUGGUCCCAGGCUCAACUCCAGGAUGAAAGAUUAACCAAGGUUUUGCUCUAGGACCCUGGUCACACCCCUCACUCCGGGCCGUCUGCUUCCUUCUGCACCAGGCUCUCCCAGAGCUGAGCCCCGCCCCCCAUUUGCGGCCCAAUUCUGGGGUCUUGGACAAAGGAUGCCCCGGGGCCCGCAACGAUAUCCCAGGACCCCACUCCAAAUACUUUUGAGUCCCUGCUGCUCCCUCCAGAAGAGUCCCAGAGCCCUUAGCGGCCAAUAGGAAAGUGGGUUCGGUCUGGGUAGCUGUCUAAUUGGCUCCGGUCUUCUGGAGCUGACACCAGGGGCAAGAGGAGGGGAGAGAGGCGGUCCCGGGCUUUGGGGUGGGAACCGGAUUCCAGCUGUGGCUCUCUCCCCGGCACCCCCGCCCUCACUGCCACGCCGACCAGCCAAUGGACGUGCGGCUCGGGGCCGGCGGCGCGCGGUCAUUGGCUGCGAGGCUGGCUGGGGAGAGGCGGGGCCGAGGCUUGAAGUUGGAGUGAGGGAUCCAGCUGUGGUGUGCGCCCGGCUCCUCGCCGCCGCUUUCGCUUGCUCUCUCCGCGUCUCGGCCGGAGGAGGAGGCAGUGGCGCCGGCGACAGCUACGGCAGCAGCAGCCACCGCGGCGGCUGCGGCGGCGGCAUCUCCGCCUCCACCCCCGCCUGGGACGGCCCCUCGUCACCUCCCCGCCCCUCCUGGACCGGGAGCCGGCGGCCGGGAGGAGGAAGGAGCCGCCCCCCACCCCCUCCAAACCCACCCCCAAUGAGAUUCCUCCUCCCCUCCCCCGCCGCCGCUGGCGCGGAGCCGGGACGAUGCUGACCCCUUAGAUCCUGCUCCAGCUGCGCCGCGGGAAGAGGGGGCGCCCCUCCUCGGACCCCACCUCCAGCCCUCUUCUCUCUCUCCCUCUUGGGGCCGCUUCGCCGAAGGUAGCGCCGAAUCUGGCGACCGGAGCCUGGGCACGAAGCGAAGAAGCCAGAACAAAGUGAGGGGGAGCCGGCCGGCUGGCCCGGGGGGCCCUAAAAGCCCUGGGGAAGCGGGACUCGCGCCAGGCGGGGCUUCCCUUCGACCCGGCGCCCGGCGGGCAGCAUGCCCCUGCGGGCAGGGGGAUCUGGGCUGAACUGGCCCUCCCGGGGGCUCAGCCUGCGCCCUAGAGCCCCCCAGAUGCGCCCCCGCCGGGGCCCCCCGCUUGCGUGAGGACACCUUUUCUGAGGGGCGCCGCUAGCCCCUCUCGAAACCUCCCGGGCCCCGGCUGGCCAGAGGAUGGACGAGGAGGAGGAUGGAGCGGGCGCCGAGGAGUCAGGACAGCCCCGGAGCUUCAUGCGGCUCAACGACCUGUCGGGGGCCAGGGACCGGCCGGGGCUGGGGUCGGCGGAAAAGGACCCCGGCAGCGCGGACUCCGAGGCGGAGGGGCUGCCAUACCCUGCACUGGCCCCGGUGGUUUUCUUCUACUUGAGCCAGGACAGCCGCCCGCGGAGCUGGUGUCUCCGCACGGUCUGUAACCCCUGGUUUGAGCGCAUCAGUAUGUUGGUCAUCCUUCUCAACUGUGUGACCCUGGGCAUGUUCCGGCCAUGUGAAGAUAUCGCCUGUGACUCCCAGCGCUGCCGGAUUCUGCAGGCCUUUGAUGACUUCAUCUUUGCCUUCUUCGCUGUGGAGAUGGUGGUGAAGAUGGUGGCCUUGGGCAUCUUUGGGAAAAAAUGUUACCUGGGAGACACUUGGAACCGGCUUGACUUUUUCAUCGUCAUUGCAGGGAUGCUGGAGUAUUCGCUGGACCUGCAGAACGUCAGCUUCUCAGCUGUCAGGACAGUCCGUGUGCUGCGGCCCCUCAGGGCCAUUAACCGGGUGCCCAGCAUGCGCAUCCUCGUCACGCUGCUGCUGGACACGCUGCCCAUGCUGGGCAACGUCCUGCUGCUCUGCUUCUUCGUCUUCUUCAUCUUCGGCAUCGUUGGUGUCCAGCUGUGGGCAGGACUGCUUCGUAACCGAUGCUUCCUGCCUGAGAAUUUCAGCCUCCCCCUGAGCGUGGACUUGGAGCGCUACUACCAGACUGAGAACGAGGAUGAGAACCCAUUCAUCUGCUCCCAGCCUCGUGAAAACGGCAUGCGCUCCUGCAGGAGUGUGCCCACGCUGCGCGGGGACGGGGGUGGCGGCCCGCCCUGCGGCCUGGACUACGAGGCCUACAACAGCUCCAGCAAUACCACCUGCGUGAACUGGAACCAGUACUACACCAACUGCUCCGCGGGGGAGCACAACCCCUUCAAGGGUGCCAUCAACUUCGACAACAUUGGCUAUGCCUGGAUCGCCAUCUUCCAGGUCAUCACGCUGGAGGGCUGGGUCGACAUCAUGUACUUUGUGAUGGAUGCUCACUCCUUCUACAACUUCAUCUACUUCAUCCUUCUCAUCAUUGUGGGCUCUUUCUUUAUGAUCAACCUGUGCCUGGUGGUGAUUGCCACGCAGUUCUCAGAGACCAAGCAGCGGGAAAGCCAGCUGAUGCGAGAGCAGCGCGUGAGAUUCCUUUCCAACGCCAGCACCCUGGCCAGCUUCUCCGAGCCCGGCAGCUGCUACGAGGAGCUGCUCAAGUACCUCGUGUAUAUCCUCCGGAAAGCAGCCCGAAGGCUGGCCCGGGUCUCCCGGGCAGCGGGCGUGCGGGUUGGCCUGCUGAGCAGCCCAGCGCCCCGUGGGGGCCAGGAGCCCCAGCCCAGCGGCAGCUGCUCUCGCCCCCACCGCCGUCCGUCCGUCCACCAUCUGGUGCACCACCACCACCACCACCACCACCACUACCACCUGGGCAAUGGGACUCUGCGGGCUCCCCGGCCCAGCCCACAGAUCCAGGACAGAGAUGCCAGUGGGUCCCGCCGGCUCAUGCUGCCACCACCCUCAACUCCUGCCCUUUCCAGGGGCCCUCCAGGGGGUGCAGAGGCUGUGCACAGCUUCUACCAUGCUGAUUGCCACUUGGAGCCAGUCCGCUGCCAGGCACUCCCUCCCAGGUCACCAUCGGAGGCAUCGGGCAGGACCGUGGACAGUGGGAAGGUGUACCCCACUGUGCACACCAGCCCUCCACCUGAGAUGCUCAAAGAGAAGGCGCUAAUGGAGGUGGCGCCCGCCUCUGGACCCACCACCCUCACCAGCCUCAACAUCCCGCCCAGGCCCUACAGCUCUAUGCACAAGCUGCUGGAGACCCAGAGCACAGGCGCCUGCCAAAGCUCUUGCAAGAUCUCCAGCCCUUGCUUGAGGGCAGCCAGCGGAGCCUGUGGCCCAGACAGCUGUCCCUACUGUGCCCGGACCGGGGCAGGGGAGGUGGGGCUCACUGGCCACGAGAUGCCUGACUCAGACAGUGAGGCGGUUUAUGAGUUCACACAAGAUGCUCAGCGUGGCGACCUCCGGGAUCCCCAGAGUCGGCGUCGACGGAGCCUGGGGCUGGAUGUGGAGCCCAACUCUGUGCUGGCCUUCUGGAGGCUGAUCUGUGACACCUUCCGGAAGAUUGUGGACAGCAAGUACUUUGGUCGGGGAAUCAUGAUUGCUAUUCUGGUCAACACGCUCAGCAUGGGCAUCGAAUACCACGAGCAGCCUGAGGAGCUCACCAAUGCCCUGGAAAUCAGCAACAUCGUCUUCACCAGCCUCUUUGCCCUGGAGAUGCUGCUGAAGCUGCUAGUGUAUGGCCCCUUUGGCUACAUUAAGAACCCCUACAACAUCUUUGAUGGCGUCAUUGUCGUCAUCAGCGUGUGGGAGAUCGUGGGCCAGCAGGGGGGCGGCCUGUCGGUGCUGCGGACCUUCCGCCUGAUGCGGGUGCUGAAGCUGGUGCGCUUCUUGCCGGCGCUGCAGCGGCAGCUUGUGGUGCUCAUGAAGACCAUGGACAACGUGGCCACCUUCUGCAUGCUGCUCAUGCUCUUCAUCUUCAUCUUCAGCAUCCUGGGUAUGCAUCUCUUCGGCUGCAAAUUUGCAUCUGAGCGGGAUGGGGACACGCUGCCAGACCGGAAGAAUUUUGACUCCCUGCUCUGGGCCAUCGUCACGGUCUUUCAGAUCCUGACUCAGGAGGACUGGAACAAGGUGCUCUACAACGGAAUGGCCUCCACAUCAUCCUGGGCUGCCCUUUACUUCAUCGCCCUCAUGACCUUCGGCAACUAUGUGCUCUUCAACCUGCUCGUUGCCAUUCUAGUGGAGGGCUUCCAAACGGAGGAAAUCAGCAAACGGGAAGAUGCGAGUGGACAGUUAAGCUGUAUUCAGCUGCCUGUCGACUCUCAGGGGGGAGAUGCCACCAAGUCGGAGUCAGAGCCUGAUUUCUUCUCGCCCAGCCUGGAUGGUGAUGGGGACAGGAAGAAGCGCUUGGCCUUGGUGUCUCUGGGAGAGCACCCGGAGCUGCGGAGGAGCUUGUUACCACCGCUCAUCAUCCACACGGCUGCCACUCCCAUGUCAUUGCCCAAAAGCUCCAGCAGCGGCCUGGCCGAGGUUCUGGGCCCCCCCUCCCGCCGCACCAGCAGCAGUGGGUCGGCUGAGCCAGGAGCACCCCACGAGAUGAAGUCACCGCCAAGUGUCCGCAGUUCCCCACACAGCCCCUGGAGUGCAGCAAGCAGCUGGACGAGCAGGCGCUCCAGCAGGAACAGCCUGGGCCGUGCCCCCAGCCUGAAGCGAAGGAGCCCAAGUGGGGAGCGGAGGUCCUUGUUGUCGGGUGAGGGCCGGGAGAGCCAGGAUGAGGAGGAGAGCUCGGAAGAGGAGCGCACUAGCCCAGCGGGCAGUGACCGCCGCCACAGGGGCUCCCUGGAGAGGGAAGCUAAGAGCUCCUUUGACCUACCAGACACACUGCAGGUUCCCGGGCUGUACCGCACAGCCAGCGGCCGCAGCUCAGCCUCUGAGCACCAGGACUGCAACGGCAAUUCGGCCGUGGGACGCCUGAGUCAGGCUGUGCGGCCCGAUGACCCCCCGCUGGACGGAGACGAUGGUGAUGACGAGGGCAACUUGAGCAAAGCAGAACGGCUGAGGGCGUGGAUCCGAACCCGGCUCCCUGUCUGCUGCCUGGAGCGAGACUCUUGGUCUGCCUACAUCUUCCCUCCUCAGUCAAGGUUCCGCCUCCUGUGUCACCGAAUCAUCACCCACAAGAUGUUCGACCACGUGGUCCUCGUCAUCAUCUUCCUGAACUGUAUCACCAUCGCCAUGGAGCGCCCCAAGAUCGACCCCCACAGCGCUGAACGAAUUUUCCUGACCCUCUCCAAUUACAUCUUCACCGCAGUCUUUCUGGCUGAGAUGACAGUGAAGGUGGUGGCGCUGGGCUGGUGCUUUGGGGAGCAGGCCUACCUGCGUAGCAGCUGGAACGUGCUGGACGGGCUGCUGGUGCUCAUCUCCAUCAUCGACAUCCUGGUGUCCAUGGUCUCCGACAGCGGCACCAAGAUCCUGGGCAUGCUGAGGGUGCUGCGGCUGCUGCGGACCCUGCGCCCGCUCAGGGUAAUCAGCCGGGCACAGGGGCUGAAGCUGGUGGUGGAAACGCUGAUGUCCUCGCUGAAGCCCAUUGGCAACAUUGUGGUCAUCUGUUGUGCCUUCUUCAUCAUAUUUGGCAUCCUAGGGGUGCAGCUCUUCAAAGGGAAGUUCUUUGUGUGCCAGGGCGAGGACACCAGGAACAUCACUAACAAGUCUGACUGUGCCGAGGCCAGUUACCGGUGGGUCCGGCAUAAAUACAACUUUGACAACCUCGGCCAGGCCCUAAUGUCCCUGUUCGUGCUGGCCUCUAAGGAUGGCUGGGUGGAUAUCAUGUAUGAUGGGCUGGAUGCUGUCGGUGUGGACCAGCAGCCCAUCAUGAACCACAACCCCUGGAUGCUGCUGUACUUCAUCUCGUUCCUGCUCAUCGUGGCCUUUUUUGUCCUGAACAUGUUCGUUGGUGUGGUGGUGGAGAACUUCCACAAGUGUCGGCAACACCAGGAGGAAGAGGAGGCCCGGCGGCGGGAGGAGAAGCGUCUACGGAGACUGGAGAAAAAGAGAAGGAAUCUAAUGCUGGACGAUGUAAUUGCUUCCGGCAGCUCAGCCAGCGCGGCGCCAGAAGCCCAGUGCAAACCCUACUACUCAGACUACUCCCGCUUCCGGCUCCUCGUCCACCACCUGUGUACCAGCCACUACCUGGAUCUCUUCAUCACGGGUGUCAUUGGGCUGAACGUGGUCACUAUGGCCAUGGAGCACUACCAGCAGCCCCAGAUCCUGGAUGAGGCUCUGAAGAUCUGCAACUAUAUCUUCACUGUCAUCUUUGUCUUGGAGUCAGUUUUCAAACUGGUGGCCUUUGGCUUUCGACGGUUCUUCCAGGACAGGAUGGACAGGCUGGACAGGCUGACCUCCACUCUCCUUUCUGUGGCUGAGAAUGUGCCACUCACGUUGCCACAACUACCCCCUCCUCUGCAGUGCCCCCUUCAGGGAGCUGUGUCCUGGGCUUUCAGGUGGAACCAGCUGGACCUGGCCAUUGUGCUGCUGUCCAUCAUGGGCAUCACACUGGAGGAGAUUGAGGUCAAUGCCUCGCUGCCCAUCAACCCCACCAUCAUCCGCAUCAUGAGGGUGCUGCGUAUUGCCCGAGUGCUAAAGCUACUGAAGAUGGCUGUGGGCAUGCGGGCACUCCUGGACACAGUGAUGCAGGCCCUGCCCCAGGUGGGGAACCUGGGACUGCUCUUCAUGUUGUUGUUUUUCAUCUUUGCAGCUCUGGGCGUGGAGCUCUUUGGAGAUCUGGAGUGUGAUGAGACGCACCCCUGCGAGGGCCUGGGCCGGCAUGCCACCUUUCGGAACUUUGGCAUGGCCUUCUUGACCCUCUUCCGAGUCUCCACAGGUGACAACUGGAAUGGCAUCAUGAAGGACACCCUCCGGGACUGUGACCAGGAGUCCACCUGCUACAACACGGUCAUCUCCCCCAUCUACUUCGUGUCCUUCGUGCUGACAGCUCAGUUUGUGCUGGUCAACGUGGUCAUUGCCGUGCUGAUGAAGCAUCUGGAGGAGAGCAACAAGGAGGCCAAGGAGGAGGCCGAGCUGGAGGCUGAACUGGAGCUAGAGAUGAAGACGCUCAGCCCACAAGCCCCCUCACCACUGGGCAGCCCCUUCCUCUGGCCUGGGGUCGAGGGCCCCGACAGCCCUGGCAGCCCCAAACCUGGGGCCCCACAUGCCACACCCCACACUGGAACAGCCUCCCACUUCUCCCUGGAGCACCCCAUGGACAGACAGCUGUUUGACACCAUAUCCCUGCUGAUCCAGGGCUCCCUGGAUGGGGAGCUGAAGCUGAUGGACGAGCUGGCAGGCCCAGGGGGCCAGCCCUCUGCCUUCCCUCCUGCCCGCAGCCCAGGCGGCUCCGACCCACAGAUCCCUCUAGCUGAGAUGGAGGCUCUGUCUUUGACGUCAGAGAUUGUGUCUGAACUGUCCUGCUCUCUAGCUCUGACGGAUGACUGUUUGCCUGAUGACACUCACACACUCUUACUUAGUGCCCUGGCGAGCAAUAUGGAGUCCCACCCUGAGGAGGUGCCGGUCAUGCUAGGACCAGAUCUGCUGACUGUGCGGAAGUCUGGGGUCAGCCGAACGCACUCUCUGCCCAAUGACAGCUACAUGUGCCGGGAUGGGAGCACUGCCGAGGGGUCCCUGGGACACAGGGGCUGGGGGCUCCCCAGAGCUCAGUCAGGCUCCAUCUUGUCCGUCCACUCCCAGCCAGCAGACACCAGCUACAUCCCGCAGCUUCCCAAAGAUGCACCCCAUCUGCUCCAGCCCCAUGGUGCUCCCACCUGGGGCACCAUCCCCAAAUUGCCCCCACCAGGCCGCUCCCCUUUGGCUCAGAGGCCACUCAGGCGCCAGGCAGCAAUACGGACGGAUUCCCUGGACAUUCAGGGCCUGGGCAGCAGGGAAGACCUGCUGUCAGAGGUGAGUGGGCCCUCCCCGCCGCUGGCCCGGGCCUCCUCCUUUUGGGGCCGCUCCAGCACCCAGGCUCAGCAGCAUUCCCGCAGCCAGAGCAAGAUCUUGAAGCACAUGCCCCCGUCAGCCCCCUGCCCAGGCCCAGAACCCAAGUGGGCCAAGGGCCCACCAGAGACCAGAAGCAGCUUAGAGCUGGACACGGAGCUGAGCUGGAUUUCAGGAGACCUCCUGCCCAUGGACAGUCAGGAGGAAGCCCCGUCUGCACGGGACCUGAAGAAGUGCUACAGCGUGGAGGCGCAGAGCUGCCCGCGCCGGCCGGCAUCCUGGCUGGAUGAACAGAGGAGGCACUCCAUCGCGGUCAGCUGCCUGGACAGUGGCUCCCAACCCGCCCUGGGCCCUGAACCCUCGAGCCUUGGAGGUCAGCCUCUAGGGGGAGCUGGGAGCCGGCCCAAGAAGAAACUCAGCCCACCCAGCAUCUCCAUAGACCCCCCAGAGAGCCAGAGCCAGGGCCCUCGGCCCCCACCCAGUCCUGGUGUCUGCCUCCGCCGGAGGGCUCCGUCCAGUGACUCCAAGGAUCCCUUGGCCUCUGGCCCUCCCGACAGCAUGGCUGCCUCGCCCUCCCCAAAGAAAGACGUGCUGAGUCUCUCUGGUUUAUCCUCUGACCCAGCAGACCUGGACCCCUGAGUCCUGCCCCACUCUCCCACUCACCUCUCUCCACUGGGUGCCAAAUCCUAGCUCCUCCUCCUGGGCUGUAUUCCUGAAAGGUUCCAAAUGGGCACCGAGGAGGUGCUCCUCCUUGCCUCAGUGGCGCUGGGCACCGGCAAGCAGAAUUUCCAGAGUUAACAGCAGCAGCCCCAGCUCUGGACAGCCCUGGCCACCUUGGCUCCAAGCGGAGAGAGAGGCCCAGCAGAGCUGAGGUUCCCGACACCAGGAGCUGUUGGGAGAAAGCAAUACGUUUGUGCAGAAUCUCUAUGUAUAUUCUAUUUUAUUAAAUUAAUUGAAUCUAGUAUUUGCGGGAUGUACGACA